CUGUGACCAGCCGGUGCCUUGCUUUCGUUUGCGUUGCGCGUUCCAAGCCUUCAGUUUUGCGAUCCCAUACUUAUUGCGCCAUGCCUUCGUAUCAUUCCUCAUAGUUCUUCAAUUCAAUUGCGCUUUGAUACCCUCGAUACCCACGACCUGGCGUUCAGAAUGGAGAAGCAGAAGCAGAAGCAGCUUCGAGUUGCCAUUGUCGGCUCGGGCAUGGCGGGCCUCGUUACCGCGUAUUUGUUGAAUCAAGACCCUCGCCAGCAGUAUGCCGUUACUUUGUUUGAAGCGGGCAAAGUCCUCUCCCUCGAUUCGGCCUCACUCUCCGUCCAAAGUCCAGAUUCCAAGCGUGUAGACCGAGUUGACCUUCCUAUGCGCGCAUUCGCCGGCGGCUACUACCACAACCUAAGGGCAAUGUAUGACCACCUCGGGGUCUUAUACCACGCCCAGCCGUUCCUAUUCGACUUCUCGAAGGUCAAUACACGGGAUCCAGGGUCAGCGGAGAAGAAAGCUGGAAAUUCAUACUUUAUACACUCAUCCAAUAACCACCGCGUUCCUCCGGUGAAACCAAAUGCAAUCGGGACCACGUCACAUCUGAUAGAGAUCGUUUAUCUGAUGCUGUGGUACACUUGGUUUUCUCUCUGCUGCUUCUUCGUACGACCAUACCCGGCCAAUGAGACGCAGGAAUGCGAAACGAUCGACCAGUACUUGAAGAGGAUCCGGAUGGCGCCCUACUUUGUGUCUCACUACCUUCUGCCGCUGAUGUCGGGUGUCUCGACCUGUCCGCACGAGACUCUUCUAGCAUUUCCUGCCUCCGACGUGCUCGAGUACAAGCGGCUAACUCAUAGAGCGCAACACUACACUGUCUCCAAUGGAGUUUGCUCGGUCCAGAAUAAGCUAGUGAAAGACGUAAACGCACGUCUAGCUGCUGUGGUAGAAGCCAUAGAUGCUGAAGAUGGCGUUAUCCAGGUUACCUGGAGAAGCCUUGAUCAUGAAAACGAUAAAGAGCUAGUUCAGGAGAGGUUUGACAGGGUGAUCCUGGCAGUGUCUCCAGAUAUUGUAGGAAAGAUAUUUCGACCAUUGAGAUAUGAAAUGGAGCCGAUUCCUACCGCAGUGGUGGAGAGCGUCAUACACACCGACGAAACCACCCUCGGUGAGCCAAUCCAGGAGAUCUCUAGAGGGUUUAAGCGGUCUGAUGCUCAAAUAAUACACCUCCGGACGAGCACCGCUGAAUCCCACAUCACCGAAUCUGUACACGUGCAACCCUCAGGAGCAAUUGUCACAACGUGUCCGUUCAGCUCCAUAGAUCCCGAUCGGAUCAUCCAGUCGUCGACUUUCACUCGAGUGCUGCGCAAUCCGAGGAGUAGAAGAAUCGUAAACAAUAUCUUCAGUAAACACUAUUCAGCGCCACAGUCGGAGAAAGAGAGACUAGGCUGGAAGAACGGCGACGGAGGCGUCUGGCUCGCUGGUGGUUGGUGUUGGGAUGGCAUGGUAUUACUAGAAGGAUGCGUCGUCUCUGCGAUGAGGGUAGCAGACGACUUUGGAGUUCCGAUUCCCUGGCGAUGCGGUGCUCUUUAAAUUCAAGUUCAAAUGACUCAAAGGAAGGAGUGCAAGCAUGUACAUCCAUUACAUAGUAUAUACCAUCGGGCAUCCCUUGCUUGAAUUCGCGGAGUAGCGUCGAGGAAUGGACCAUACAAAUCGAGUUCUCGACGGUGAAACUAUCCCUAAAGCGGCUACAUUCCCUAAGUGCAUUGAGAGCUGAAGGGCCCACCGAUGGAUGCGCUAUCGGUUGCGCGGGACGGCUCUGAUAGGCGAGGCGACGAAGUAGACCAGAUAGAACGAGGGAAAAGUCGCGAAUGGUAGCUUUGAAAACGAUCUUGCGAUUGCAAGCCAUGUCGCCU